UCUCUUUCACUUGCCUCAUUUAGUACUUUUUCUUUUUUUCCUUCCAGGAUCUUGGCUGUGCUGGGCCAUGAAACUCUGAGGUAUCUGUGCUUAACACAGCUCUAAGGAGCUAACGUUCCAGGCCCCUCUUGAGCUCCUCUCCCUCCAACCACCAUCCAGCUGGAAAACUCCUUUGGGGUGGGGGCCCCCUGCAUCAUGAUGCUUAACUCAGACCCCAUGGAGCUGGACCUACCUCCCACCCAUUCAGAGACAGAGUCAGGUUUUAGUGACUGUGGGGGAGGCGUGGGUUCGGACAGAACAGGACCUGGGGGUCCUGGGGGAGGCCAGGCCAGGGGUCCUGAGAUGGGGGAAUCUGGUCGGAAGGACCUGCAGCAUCUCAGCCGUGAGGAACGGCGUCGGAGGCGGCGGGCCACAGCCAAAUAUCGUACUGCCCAUGCCACUAGGGAACGGAUCCGAGUGGAGGCCUUCAACCUAGCUUUUGCUGAGCUUCGCAAGCUGCUGCCCACCUUACCUCCGGACAAGAAGCUCUCCAAGAUUGAAAUCUUACGCCUGGCCAUCUGCUAUAUUUCCUACCUGAACCACGUCCUGGAUGUCUGAACUUUUUGGUCCUUUGUCGGGGAAUCUUACCCUUGGGAUUCCUUUCUCUCCCAACAGAGCACAUCUUGCUGCCCAGCUCCCUUUCUCUUUCUCUCUCUCUCUCUUAAUGUUACAUCCUCCCCAAACUAUGGAUUGCUGAGUUCCUGUACCACCCCUGUGUUUCCCCUUCCCCCUACACCCCUAGACUCAUAAAUGGUCACUUAUCCAGGGAAAACAAUGACUUAGCCCAGACCAGGGGCAGAGAGACUAUUUUUACAGGUUAACUGGUGGCAGUAGAUUGUGUAUGGAUGUGUGGGUGGGUGUGCAUGUGUGUAUAUGAGAGACACAGAGAGAAAGACAGAGACAGAGAGAGAGACAAAGAAAGAGAAAGAGAGACAAAGACAGAGAGAGAGACACACACACAUACACAGAGAGAGAUAGAGACAGAGACAGAGACACACAGAGAGAGAUAGAGAAAAGGUUGAGUUGAUCAGAAAUGUUUUCUGGGUCAGCCAAUGUGUGACUUGUACCCUAUUUUUUAGGCUGCUCAAGCUUGUUUUUUGUUUCUGUCUAGUUUUUGGUCAAGCUGCUAUAGUUUUUAAUUCACAUCUAGAUUGUUAGAGAUCUCUGAAUUCAAUUCUGACCACUGUCUCACCUACACAUCUACCAUUCCUUUUCAGCAAAUCCUGCCUAGAGCUGGAGGGAAUAAAUUAGAUCAGGAAAGUAAAGAUGGCUAGAAGCAGGGUAAGGGGUAUAUUCUCUGGAGAUUCCCUCAGAUAAGAAAUUGUAUCAUUUUUGUUAUCUAGCUGGCCCUUGAUACUUAUCUUUUUCUAGUUGUAUGCUUUGCUUUUCUGGAUUAUUUGAUUAUUGCUACCCUGCUGCUUCUUCCUCUCCAAUUUUUUGUGGCCCAGGGAAAGUAUUAUCUGGGUCCAAAGGGCAGAGUAAAAGAUCCAAAGCAUAUCUAAUACAUCCAGAGGAGGACAAGUCAAUGGGCAAACUUUAGAUAGCUACCUGCAAAUGUCCCAUCACCCCCAUGGGGUGUGUGCAUGUGUGUGUGUGUGUUUCCAUUUAAAUACCCUCUUGGGUAUUUGCAGGUUCUAUGACUUCAGAUGUAGCAUUUUUCUCUUUAUCCCCCUUGUAGCUUUCUUUCCUGGCAGAGAUUCUGGGCCCAGAAGGGCCACUAGGGAAGAGGGUCUCCUCUUUCUUCUGUAGAAGGAUGAGGGCUGAAUUCUGCUCUGCUCAUCAAAAGUGUGUGUGUGUGUGUGUGUGUAUGUAUGUGUGUGUGUUUGAGGCAUGUAAAUAUGCAUAAAUACAAUGUGUAAGAGGGACAUGAACUGAAGGGACCAUAGGCUGGUAUUGUGACAAUGCUGCCUCUUCUCUUCUCUUCCCCAACUACUACAUCUUUCUUAUUUCCCUUCCCUCAAACUUUCACUGCUGCAAGGAUAUUUAUUUAUUUAUGUUAUUUAUUUAAUUUAUUUAUAAAUGUUACUAUUUAUUGCCGUGUUGUGCACUUUGGUUUAGAGUGAGGGUCUGAAGCAACUCUAGCUGGACAUCACUCUCUCCUUCCCUCUUCCCAUCCCUCUCUUCUUCCUUUCUCCAGCCCUUGUUUUUCCUCUCAACAUAUCACCCCUUCCACUACCCUCUUUGUAAAAUUUUCCUGCUUUUCCCUCUCUCAAAAAAAGAACUUCUCAAAACUCUCUCUACAAUCCUCCCAAGGAUUUUGGGCUCCUUUUCAUAUUUCUCCCUCCCAAACCCCAUCCAGAAUCAAACCUGUGAGCUUGGGUCUUCUAUUUAAAAACUCCCAUAAUCCCAAACAGUCCCUGUCCCAUUGCCUUGUAUCCUAUUUGAUUCCCUUAAUGGCAGUUAUGAUUUUCACACACAAAGGAAAAUUAAAGUGACCUCUUUCCAGUU